AUGAUCGAAGGAGAGGAUGGGGAGGAGGACUCAAAGGAGGUACCUCAAGAUGGACACAGGACCAGAUCUCAUAACUGUCGACGCUACAUUCCACUGUGGAUAGUCUUGGUGCUGUUGGGUACUGCUGGAGCACUAACAUGGUAUUUCUUAGAUUAUAGGCCACGGCAUCUGGAGUCCCGUGUCCUGCAUUUCUACUCUGGCAGCCUGAGGAUUCUCAAUCGACAGUAUUCUACAGAUCAUGGACGGAUGGAGUCCAGAGUCUUUUGGACGGAGAGGACAAAGAGCCAACAGAUGCUGAAAGAUCUUAUUCAUGCAACUGAGCUGGGUCAUUACUACAACUCCAGCACUGUCUAUGCCUUUGGGGAGGGAUCUCUGACCUGCUUCUUCUGGUUCACUCUUCAAAUCCCACAAACCCAAAAGAAGGAAAUGACUGAGGAGAAGGUGAAUACUAAGCUCCAUAAAGAGCUCCUGGCCAGCAUGAAUAGAACAGGCCACCUCACCUAUCAGUACAAGCUUGACCCCGAAUCCUUGGUUCUCCUCGAAUCCAGUGUGAAAGACAUAAUAGUGCUGAAAUCCACAUUAGGUUGCUACAGAUACAGCUACAUCCGGGAGGAUGCAGUCCUAAAGCUGAAGGGCCCAGACUAUCUUGCCUCCAGCUGCCUUUGGCAUCUCCAUGGUCCUAAAGGUCAUAUGAUUAAGCUACGUCUGGAAUGGACCCUCUCAGAAUGCAGGGACCGACUGGCCAUGUAUGAUGCAGCUGGGCCGUUGGAGAGGCGACUCAUCACUUUGCUGUAUGGCUGCAGCCGUCAGGAACCCGUGGUAGAAGUGCUUUCUUCAGGUCCUGUCAUGUCUGUGGUAUGGAAGAAGGGGAUGUACAGCUACUAUGAUCCUUUCAUCCUCUCUGCCCAGGCUGUGCCCUUUGAAGCCUGCCAGAGGAAUCUAACAUUGCAGGGAAACCUGGAGCUGCAAGGGAACAUUAAGACUCCUCACUACCCCAGUUACUAUGCGCCGAAUACACAGUGCACUUGGCAUGUGAUGGUCCCAUCUCUGGAAUAUGGAGUUGUCCUUUGGUUUGAUGGUUAUGCUCUCAGGAGACAGGAGAAUGAUCUGCCAUGUACUCAAGGACAGUGGACUAUCCAGAACAGAAGGUUCUGUGGCCUCCGGAUCUUGCAAGCCUAUGCUGAAAGGAUUCCUGUAGUAUCCAGUGCUGGUGUCACCAUCAACUUCACCUCUCAGAUUUCCCUCACUGGGCCUGGAGUGCAUGCUACUUACAGCCUCUAUAACCAAUCAGACCCCUGCCCCAGCGAGUUCCUUUGCUCUGUGAAUGGGUUGUGUGUGCCGGCUUGCAAUGGGAUCAAAGACUGCCCCAAUGGAUUAGAUGAGAGAAACUGUGUAUGUCCAGCAACAUUCCAGUGUCAAGAAGACAGCACGUGCGUCGAGUUCUCCAAGGUCUGCAAUCAACUUCUGGACUGUAUCAAUGGGAGUGAUGAGAAACAAUGCCACGAAGGGGUUCCCUGUUGCCCUUUCACCUACCAAUGUGCAGAUGGGAGCUGCGUAAAGAAACCCAACCCUCAGUGUGACGGAGUUCCUGACUGCAAGGAUCGGUCUGACGAGAUGCACUGUGGCUGUGGAUUGCAAGCCCCGCUGAACCGUAUUGUGGGUGGUGCUCACUCGGUAGAAGGGGAGUGGCCAUGGCAAGCUAGUCUGCAGGUUCGUGGGCACCACGUAUGUGGUGGGACGCUGGUUGCAGAUCGCUGGGUGAUCACUGCUGCUCACUGCUUUCAGGAAGACAGACUGGCUUCCCCUACGGUCUGGACUGUCUACCUUGGCAAGUCUUUCCUGAAUGCCACCAGCCAGAAUGAGGUGUCCUUCAAGGUGAUCCGUAUCUUGCAGCACCCCUACUUUGAAGAGGACAGCCAUGACUACGACGUGGCGUUGCUGCAGCUUGACCUUCCGGUUAUCUUUUCCGCUUCUGCUUCCAUCCAGCCUAUCUGUCUGCCUGCCAGCUCCCAUCUCUUUGUGCCUGGCCUCUUGUGCUGGAUCACGGGUUGGGGUGCCGCCAAGGAAGGAGGUCCCACCAGUAAUAUCUUGCAAAAAGCUGAUGUUCAGCUAGUGCAGCAGGACAUCUGCAGUGAAGCCUAUCACUACCUGGUCACACCCAGAAUGCUUUGUGCUGGCUACCCUGAUGGUAAAAAUGAUGCUUGCCAGGGUGAUUCUGGAGGACCCCUUGCCUGCCAGGAGCCUAGCGGCAGGUGGUUCCUAGCUGGCCUGGUGAGCUGGGGGAUGGGAUGUGCACGGCCCAAUAACUACGGCGUCUACACCAGGAUCACCAGUGUGACAGGAUGGAUGAAACAGACAAUGAGCUGAGCGAUGCCCACCCUUUCCCCGCCGAAACAGAGCAGAGGAAUCCCUUGCAGCCCUCGCCAUCUCUUUAAGAUGUCCUGAAUUGUAGGACAUCCUGCAUCUAACCAAACCCUACCGGCUCUUCAUGCGCUGAUUGCCAAGGAAGUGCUGGUGCAUGAAAAGAAGGAGCCUUUAAAAGCCCAGUAAUGAGUGGCAAGCUGGCUUGGGUACUUUCUAAUGCAAAGGUGAGAUUAAAAAUCCCUUCUAAAGAAAUAAAAAUCAGGGCAAGUGUGCCUGUUUUCUCAAAUGCAUCCCACAUGUCACAAUGUCCUUCACCAUGAGGAACAACUCAGAGGCAGGAUUCUCUGCCAUUUGUCGCCUCCCUUCAUAGUACUAUCAAAGGUAGUGGUUGUAGUUUGCUUUAAAGAUAGUCAGGGGUGCACAUCCCAAAGUCUUAGGACAGAGCAUCACUUCUGAAAAGGAAGGUGGAGGUGGGGUUAGCAACAGGAAGCCCUUCUGGCCUCCCUUCCAGAAAUGCUUUGGUUGUGUAUUAAAGCCAGGCACUUACAAAUCCAGGUUAUCGAGCACACUGGAAGGCAGGGAGUAAGAGGGACCCUGCACAGAUGCUGUUCGGGAGGGGAGAUGAAGAUAGUGUGCAUUGCGCAAUUUGCCCAUUAUCCCAAUGCUGAAUUAUUUGAUGUGGAGGGACCAAACACCUACUGCCCUAAAUGACCACCAUGCCCCAUCUGUUGGGGAGGCCCACAGUGCUCCUGUUUCUGCUGUGGCUGGGGCCAAUGGACCAGACACUCGGCUGAUUUUCAGGCUUGCCAUCCAGCAGCAGUCCUAUCCAGUUCUUGGUUGUCUGAACAGGUGAUGAGCAAAGAGACCUCAAAGCCAAGGCACUACUGGGCUUUAAGGCUUCUUUGAUUUGAGGUCUAACUUUGCUACGGCUCUGAGAUCUUGGCUUGGCUUUGAGGUCUAACUUUGCUCCGUAUCCCAAACAAGAUGGAGCAGGGUGAUGCAAGGCUUCUGCUUUAAAAGAACGCCAUUUUCCCCAUCAAAAGCUGCAGACAAGUUCAGACUAUCAUUUUGUGUGUGCCAAGUGAUUCUUUUGCCAUGAUCCCAUCAUGGAGAUCCCCCAUCUCUAUUAGAAAAUCUGAAUUCAUACAGGCAUUAGGGUUAAAAAUGCUCACUCUUCAUUGCAGGAGUACAUAUUCAGACAUUAUGUUCCACAUGCAUACAGGUGUCUGUACACAUGUACAUAUUUUUGUGUGAAUGACAGUACAUAUGUUCAUUUAAAAAGUGAGCCUGGGUACAUGCCCCACAAAUGCAGGGUACAAAUAGGAAGAGGACUGCUGUAUGUGUGUUGAACGUGUGUGAAUAACUGUACAUGCAUAUAGAUCUCUUUGUGCUUACACUGUGCAUAGCUUGUACAUGUGUUGAACAUAAUGUGCAAACAGAACUAGGGUUGCAUACCCAAGUACUGACAGCAUCACCCUACGUAUAUUAGUUUGUACAAGAACACCUACUUUGUACAAGCCACCUAAUGGUGCAGCAGGGAAAUGACUUGCCUAGCAAGCCAGAGGUUGCCAGUUCAAAUCCCCACUGGUAUGUUUCCCAGACUAUGGGAAAGUGAUAUAGGAAGAGGCUGAAAGGCAUCAUCUCAUACUGCACAGGAGAUGGCAAUGGUAAACCCCUCCUGUAUUCUACUAGAGACAAUGACAGGGCUCUGUGUUCGCCAGGAGUCGACACCGACUCAAUGGCACACUUUACAAGAACAGUACCAUUUCUUCCUGGUAGUAUCAGCCUGGUGAAUCUUCUCUUUGUCCCAUUAUUGUUGAAUGGUAAUCCCUAUGCAUAAGUAGCAACACAGUCCUAUGCAUCUUUACUCUGAAGAAAAUCUUGCUGUGUUCAAUGGAGUUUAGUAUAUGUGAAAAGGAUUGCAACCUAAUUGGCUGCUUGAAAAUUCAGUGCAACAACAGUUGUGUCUGAUUCACUGGCAUAUAGAGACAUUGUACCCUGUGAUCAAUAUGAAAAUUGUGAAAAGUUUUCCUGUGAAAGUUAAUUACUAUGCAUUUAAACAAUUUUCAAGCCAAAAACUAUUUUCAUGGCACUUUAACAAGAGCAAUGUAGUCCUAUGAAAGGGGCAAAGGAUCUCAAACAAAAACAUCUCUGUACACAUAAAACUGUCAUUGCCAAGGCUCUGGGCAGAAAUGACAAGCUAGUCUGAAACUGGUAUAAAUUUGUAUUGAACAUAGUGUCCGAAGGGUUUUCAGUUGUCAAUGGUAACAAAAUGUAAGAUCCUCCUGCUGAGCUCCUGGUGGCAAGAGUAGGCAGAUUAUCUUGUCUCACAGCAUAAACAAAAAUAAAAAGGUUUUUACUUGUGAA